AUGGCUGCACCAAAUGGAGAGACAAACAACUUGAUACGCUUUCAUGUCGCUGCCACAGGCCACAGUCUAAACUACCUGCCCGAAUAUAUCGCCAACAGACGCGGAUUCUUCAAAGAGCAAGGGCUCGAGGUGACCGUUUCUGUCCCCAAGCCAUGGGACCUCGUGCUUGAUGAGCUCGCCGACGGCACGGCCGACGCGGCACUAGGAGGCAUCUGGGUGCCAUCCAUGUAUUACGCUACCGUGAAAGAUUACAAGGCCUUUGCACAGCUUGCCAACCGGUGCCCUCUUGCACUCAUCAGGCGAGGCAGUUCUGGACCGUUCAAGCUCGCCGAUGUCGUCGGAAAGACAGUCCUGAUGAAGUCAGGCAAUGGUGCCAGUGUUGGCCUCUUCUUCAAGAUGCUGCUUCGCGAGAAUGGAAUCGAUCCGAAUUCUGUUGGGUAUAUUCAGGACCUGGACGGCAUAAUGUUGUCCAAGCUGUUUCAGGGCGGCAUGGGCGAGUACUUUCUCAUCGACAACGUCUCGGCCCGCCUGAUGGCUCAGAACAACCCCGACGUCUCUGUCGCGAUGGAGAUGGUCACGCACGGAGGUGACAUCCCCUGGAGCGUGUACUACUGCGAGUUGGAGACCAUCACUCCAGCCGUGCUCGAUGUCCAGAAACGGUUCUGUGCCGCCCUAAUCAAAGGGACAGAUUAUGUGCUGCACAACGACGCAGAAACGUACAAGGACGACCUUGCGGCACUAUUUCCAGCGACUCCCAUCGACCUGCUUGUUGAACUCACAAACACAUACAAGCGAGAUGGCAUGUGGUCCUCUCCUUUGGUGGGUCGACAUUCCUUUGACCGGUGGCAAAAGGGCAUAGUGGAUGGACAUCUGACGAGGAAGCCGUUUGCCUACGAGAUCCUUGUCGAUGAUGGCCCCGUCCAAGCAGCAAAGUCCAUCCUGCGGGACUCAAGGGAGCGUCGCAGUGAAUAG